AUGGAGUAUCAAGAUAAAUUUGAGGAGAUGAGGAUAAAGAUGGAGAGGGUUAUGCCUUAUCUUGAAGAGGGAUAUUUUCUAUCAGCUUUCAUAGGAGGAUUAAGGGAUGAAAUUCAUCCUAUGCGCAAUUACAGAUGUGGAGAAAAAUAUUUUCCAGGGCAUGUGUGUAAGCAAAAGACUAUUAUAGCUUUAUGUGGGAGUAAUCCAAGUAGGGAGGAAUGGAUUGAGCAAGGAAAUAAGGAGAUUGAAAGGGAAGGCGACAUUGAAGUUCAGCAAUGGGAAGAUGUGUUGGGUAGUAUGGAGGAGGAGAUGACACUCUCCCUUAAUGCCAUUGAAGGGAAGUUGGGGACUGAAACUAGUAAGGUGAAAGGUCAGUAUUUGAAUAGAGAGCUGCUGAUUUUAAUUGACAGUAGUAGCACCCAUAGCUUUAUUGAUGCUAGAGUGGCUAGGGAAUUAAAGCUGCCUAUAGUCCAAACUUUUGCAGUGCCUAUUUCUGUAGCUGAUAGCGGAAAAUUAAUUUCAGAUUGCAUUUGUUUUGAAUUUCCUUGGAAGGUGGGAAAGCAUAGAUUUGUGUUUGAUCUCAAAAUGUUGGAGUUGAGAAGUUUUGAUAUUAUAUUGGGAGUAGAUUGGAUGAGGACUAUAUGUCCAGUUUUAUUUGACUUUGUAAACUCUAGAGUCACUUUCAAGAAGAAUGGGAAGGAGAUCACAUUGUAUGGGAUCAAUGAUAAAGCUGUUACUUGUAAGAUGUUGCAAUGUGAAGACAUUAAUAAGCUGUGGCAGAGGAAGGGGAAGGAUUUCCAAAGCCCUCAAUUUUAUAUUGAAGUGCCACUAAUGCAACUACAACCAGCAGAGCAUUCUGAGUUACCUGAGCUCUUUUUCUAUGACAACUGCAAUUUCAGGUAUCCAUAUUUCCAAAAGGCAGAUAUAGAGAAGUUAGUAUCUGAAAUGUUGGCUAAUGAUGUUAUUCAGCCUAGUACUAGUCCAUAUUCUUCACCUAUGUUGUGGGUUAAGAAAAAGGAUGGGACUUGGAGGUUUUGUGUUGAUUAUAGGAAGUUAAAUGAUCUCACAAUCAAGGAUAAGUUUCCAAUACCUAUGAUUGAUGACUUACUUGAUGAGUUACAUGGGGUUGCUGUGUUUUCUAAAAUAGAUUUGAGAGCUGGUUAUCAUCAAAUCAGAAUGGAGCCUUCUGAUAUUCCCAAGACUGCCUUUAGGACACCUCAUGGCCAUUUUAAGUUCAAGGUUAUGCCAUUUGGUCUUACAAAUGCACCAGCAACCUUCCAGGCUCUUAUGAAUCAUAUUUUUCAUCCUUUUCUGAGGAAAUUUGUCUUGGUUUUCUUUGAUGAUAUAGUUGUCUAUAGCCCAGACACUUCUACUCAUCUCAAGCAUUUGGAGGUAGUAUUUCAAGUCCUAAGGCAGCAAAGGUUGUAUGCUAAGAUGUCUAAGUGUGCUUUUGCUCAAAGACAAGUUGAGUAUUUGGGGCAUGUCAUAUCUGGAAAUGGAGUGGCUACUGAUCCUAAUAAAAUCAAAGUUAUGGUGACUUGGCCUGUGCCACAGAAUGUUAAGGAAUUGAGAAGUUUUCUUGGCCUCACUGGCUAUUAUAGGAAAUUCAUCCAUCACUAUGGCUCUAUUAGCAAACCACUGACUGAAUUGUUAAAAAAAGAUUCAUUCCAGUGGAAUUCAGUAGCUCAAGGUGCUUUUGAUCACCUUAAAAUUGCAAUGUCUCAAGCUCCAAUCCUUGCACUUCCUGAUUUUACAAAGCCAUUCAUUGUUGAAGCAGAUGCUAGUAGGGGAGAGCAGUUUUCGGUUUAA